AUUUCGCCUUGCUGCUAUCGAUUCUGCAGUCAAAAAUCUGAUCGCUCUCUGUGAAGUAUGGCCUCCUCAGGCAAAGGAGGAAAGAAAGAGAAAAAACGGCCAAUACCGGUGAAAACAUCCCUGAACUCUCCUUAUAGUCUCCAAUGGAGCCCCCUGGAGAGGGAAGACAUGCAUUUCAUCCUCAAUCUCCUGAAGGAAAAAAUGGCAGAGGUUGGCCUUCAGAAAAGAGAGGGGGUGAAGAAGAAUCGAAAGUGGGGCAAAAAGAGAGAGCAGCCAGCACAAGAGAGUCUAGUGGAUGAACAUCAUGAAAAGGAGGACAUUCAAGGAGGCCUACCCCAAGAGGGGAUACAUGAUGGGUGGACUGACUUGGCUGCCAGGAAACAGCUAGCGAUCGGGAUCAACGAAGUCACCAGAGCGCUGGAGAGAAACGAACUCUGCCUUGUACUGGUGUGCAAGUCGGUCAAACCCUGGCAUAUGACCAAUCACCUGAUCACUCUUAGCAAGACCCGGGCAGUGCCGGCAUGUCAGGUACCUCGACUCAGCGAGAACAUGGCACCUGUGCUUGGCCUCAAGUGCGUUUUGGCGCUGGGCUUCAAGCGGAACACGGAGUUAUUCUCCCAGACUGUCAGCGCCAUUAUUCCAAAAGUGCCCCCGUUCCAGGUGCCCUGGAUGCCAGUCAAGACAAAAACACAGGAGAGUACAAAGGAUCAACCAGUCAGUGGCGGGCAAAAAGAUGAAUUGGAGAACGGAAAUGAAAACAGGGGUCAGAAACGGAAAAUUGAAGACACCUCUCCUGAGAUGGCUGGGUUUAAAACCCAUUCACCAGUCCUCCAGUCCCUCAAAGUUAAGAAGAUCAUUCCCAACCCUUCAAAGAUCCGCAAGCCAAAGAACAAGAAGAAAAAGUAGAGAAAUUAAAACAGGUUUUUUUAAUGUUUUCUUUUCCCAAUGACCUGCUUAAUAGUAAUCUUUCAUGUCUUUAUGGUCUACUGUAUUUUUACAUAACAAAGGCCUGAACACUUUUCAUGUUUAUAUAUAUUAUUUUUUUUUGGUCAGGCUACAAUUUAAUGUAUAAUUUGUCAAUGGCCAUAUUGGUGGACACGCUAAUUGAAGUUCCUCUGACAUUCAGAUCAGCCAACACUUUCAUACAAAUGGUAUAACUUUGGUGUAACUUGAAUUAGCAGUGAAGGAUGGUUUAAUUGAAUUUCACAUUCUCUUAAAAGUAGAUGCCCAACCCUGUUCUUGGAGAUCUACUGUCCUGUAGGUUUUCACUCCUACCCUAACAAAGCACAUCUCAUUCAACAACGAGAGAUCUAAUACAAAUUAGUAGAAUCAGCUGUGUCCAAUUAUGGUUGAAAUUAAAACCUACCGGACCGUAGAUUUCCAGGAUCAGGGUUGGGCAGCCCUGCUCUAAAAGGAUAUUCCAACACCAGUACUUCAUACCCGAAAUGGCUUCACAGUAAAAUUUGCAUAACAUUACACAGUAGCUCAAGAUAAACUAUGUGGCAGUGGCAUGAUUGUAAACAGAAAAAAAAUCUAGAAGACAACUAUAUGUUUGGAUGAGUUUAUUCAAAUAUCCAUGCUGGUAUACCUUAACAUGUAUUUAAAAUGAUCAGAUAUUUGGAUGAUAGUCAUGUUAAAUGGUGCUGGUUCUUGUUCUUCAGUUCUUUCACAACCUGCCAUGGAGUUCAAUAAAAAUAUAUUGUUUUCA